GACAAAACCCUAGUCCCUAGUAACGUCCGCCUUCUCAACUUUAUCAGCAUCAACGAGCUUUUCUUUCCAUUACCCAAAAAAAAAAAAACAGAGCUUUCCUUCAUCUCUCACUGCUACACAGAAGCACCGACCUAAAACCCACCGUCAAAUUGUGGUUCUCAAUCUGAAGCAUAAGAGUAUAGAUAGCGGAAUUAUUGUUUUGCUUAUUUCGCGUUUGUGAUAAUCUAGAAGAUGUUCAUUGCUUUGGAUUAUAGUGAAGAGGGAUAACUGGAUUACAAGAUUUGCUUCUUGUUGGUCUUCCUAUCAUUGUUUGACUUCAUUUAUUCAAGCCGAAGGAGAUAAAUGGCAUGUACGAUUACCCAACAGAGUGGUGCUGUUGAUGUUGGUUGUUUGUAUGGGUGUGGAAAGCAAGUUAACCCCGGUUGUGGCAUCAGCCAUCUCUCAAUAUCAACAGUUUUAAGGAAGUAUAAUCGUGAAGCUCAUUAUUCUUUACAAUGGAGAGGAGAUGUUAGUUCCAAAAGAAAUGCGGGUGUUUCACAGCGUAGGAGUUUUCAGCGAAGUGUUUGUAUUGAUAGAGUCCAUGAAGUUCCCCUCGAUGAAUGGGGCUUUGAUAGUGAUGAGAUGGGUUUUGAGAAAAAAUCUGGAGAGGAAACGAAUAACAAGAAGCCUCAUAAUGGUUUUGUAUUGAAUGUCGAAGGGCGCUUUGUGGGAAAUGCUGAGGAGACCAAUAAUGAUAUUCUUCGGAACUUUUGCACCCGUGGGAAGUUAAUUCAUGCAUCGAGAUUGGUUGAGGUCAUGGCACGUCAAAACCAAGUUCCGUACUUCCCUUCUUGCACAAACUUAAUCCGAGGCCUUAUCAAAACAGAUCGAUUAGAUAAAGCUGAAAAAGUUCUAAAGAUCAUGAUCAUGUCUGGUGGGGUUCCAGAUAUUAUCACAUAUAACAUGAUGGUUGGAGGUUUAUGUAAGAGUGGACAGUUAAGCUCUGCAAUCGAUCUUGUGGAAGACAUGAGCGUGAGUGGUUGCCCUCCAGAUGUGAUUACUUACAAUACUAUAAUUCGUUGCAUGUUUACAUUUGGGAAUUAUGACCAGGCGAUUGCGUUUUGGAAGGACCAACUGAGAAAGGGAUGCCCUCCUUAUAUAGUCACCUACACAAUUCUCAUUGAGCUAGUCUGCAGACACUGUGGAACGAUGCAAGCUGUGGAAGUUUUGGGUGAUAUGGUGGCAGAAGGAUGUUAUCCUGAUAUUGUUACCUUCAAUUCUCUGAUUAACUUCACUUCCAGACAGAAUAAGCUUGAAGAUACUGCUUUGGUUAUACAUAGUCUUCUAUCUCUGGGGUUGAAGCCCAACACCAUUACUUACAACACGAUUCUCCAUUCUCUUUGCAGCCGUGGGUGUUGGGAGGAAGCCGAUGAAAUCCUCACAAUCAUGAAUGAAACUUCCGAACCCCCUACAGUUGUUACUUACAAUAUUUUGAUCAAUGGUUUGUGUAAAUUUGGGAUUGUAGAUCGUGCCGUCAACUUCUUUACUCAAAUGGUUUCUCAGAAUUGUUAUCCCGACAUCAUUACUUAUAACACACUCCUGGGCGCUCUUUGUAGGACGGGAAUGAUUGAUCAGGCCCUCGAAUUACUUAAUCUUCUAAGUGGCACCAGUCGAUCGCCUGGUUUAAUCACUUACAAUACUGUGAUUGACGGAUUGGCUAAGACAGGUUGCAUGGAGAAAGCUAUGGGAUUGUAUGGUCAAAUGGUAGAAAAUGGAAUCAUUCCUGAUGAAAUUACUCAUCGUUCUUUGGUAGGUGGGUUUUGCCGGGCGAAUCUAGUUGAGGAAGCUGUUCUGAUACUGAAGGAGAUGCAUAAGAGAGGCCAUCCGGUCCGUAAUAUGUCUUACAAAUUUGUGAUCCAUGGAUUAUGUAGAAAGAAGAGAGUUGAUAUUGCAAUACAAGUCCUAGAAAUGAUGAUGUCAAAUCGAAGCAUGCCAGAUGAGGCAAUUUAUUCAACUAUAAUUGAAGGUGUAGCCGCUGCUGGUAUGACAAAAGAGGCCGAUGAGUUGCAUCAAAAGCUGAUCGAGUGGAAGGUUUUAAGUGAAGAGAUCAUGGUAAACUAGAUCAGGUUUACGCAAAAUUUUGACUUUGUUACUUCUUCUGGGCAUCUAGAUUGCCAUUUGUCAACUGCUUUUCUCUGAUAAUGUUUUGCCAGAAGUCUUUUCUGCUUGAUAGUUUCUGUAUCUUUUUUUCCCUUUGAUACAAACGAUAUUCUACACUGAAUUCAUCUUUAAAUAUGGCCAUUUUUCUUGAUAUCUUA